UCAUGCUGCUGCCAGGUCCAGAGUCUCUCAUGGGUCCCUGUACGGCCUCCCAUUGCUGCUGUCUCCAUCGCCACACUCUGCCAUGUGCCACUUUCAGGUCUCCUCACACUGCUGGUGUGUUCCAUUUUGUCAUAGGGUGCUGGCAGAUUACGGGCCUCCCAUUGCUGCUGCCAGGCCCGUAAUCUGCCAUGGGCCCCUGUACCGCCUCCUCAUGCUGCUGCCAGGUCCAGAGUCUCUCAUGGGUCCCUGUACGGCCUCCCAUUGCUGCUGUCUCCAUCGCCACACUCUGCCAUGUGCCACUUUCAGGUCUCCUCACACUGCUGGUGUGUGUUCCAUUUUGUCAUAGGGUGCUGGCAGAUUACGGGCCUCCCAUUGCUGCUGCCAGGCCCGUAAUCUGCCAUGGGCCCCCUGUACCGCC